CCUCCAUCGCAACGCCAAGGCGGCAGCUGACGUGGAGUACCCGGCGUACGGUGUCACAGGCCCCAACAAGGACGUCAGCCCCACGGGUGACCGGCGCCUCGCCCAGUCUGCGCAGAUGUACCACUACCAGCACCAGAAGCAGCAGAUCCUCGCCAUGGAGAGCCGCGCGGCGGGCGGGCGCAGAGGCUCCAUGUCGGAGGCGGAGAGCGAGGACGAAAACGAGGAGGGCGACUACACCGUGUACGAGUGUCCUGGCCUCGCCCCGACGCAGGAGAUGGAGGUGAAGAACCCCCUGUUCCAGGACGACCCCACCCCGGCGACCCCGGCGCCCGGGGUGGGCGCGGAGGCCGGACACGACGGUGACGGUCUCCCGGAGGGCGGCAAGCAGCAGCAGCAGGCGGGCAAGACCAAGCAGGACAAGCACAGUAACAACGGCAAGACCACCAGAAGUAAGCCGAGCGACAAGUCGGACCGGCCGUAAGAGCCUCGCGCGGCACUGCGGCAGGAUCCGGCAGGACUUCGGCAGGACAUCGCGUGCUUCCACCCCGCCGCGCCCCGCGCCACGCGUCCGCCACGCCUCCCCCACACCCUUCCUUGACCUUCCCCGCCCACCCCCCUCCCUCCCUCAUCAUCUUAUGCGGAGCCAACCACGACGCUGACGUGGCCGGCUCCGUAGGAGCCACUGCAGCCACUGGAGUCAUUAGAGCCGGUGGAGCUACUGGAGCCACUGGAGUCGCUGGAGCUACUGGAGUCACUAGAGCCGAUGGAGCUACUGGAGCCAGUGGAGCCACUGGAGCUACUGGAGCCAAUCGAGUCUCUAGAGCCGAUGGAGAGCCGAUGGAGCGACUGGAGCCGCUGGAGCCACUGGAGUCACUGGAGCAGCUGGAGCUACUGGAGCCACUGGAGCGACUGGGGUCCAAGUCAUCGUUUCGAAAUAAUAAAAAGACCCAUUAUUGGCUAAACAAUCCAAGAUGAUGGUUGUAAAUUUUUUUUCGAAUUUUUUCUUUUUUUUUUCUUCAAUUUAUCCUUGUAAGUCGAGACGAGCAGAAGCCCCUCAAAGAUGGCAUGUGGCGUGGCCCGCCGCUGUGCGCUCGCUUGUGCGUUGCGUGCGGGCUUCUCAGAAAGCCGCAGAGCGGGAAUGCGGCGCAAAGGAUCGCCUGCUCGUGAGCAACGCAAAAGUGAGGGUUUGGCUCAUCGAUUGUAAAGAAAAACAUGGACUUGCCGCUCCGGGAGCGUUGCAGUCGAACCCGCCCUAUAUUACCCAUAUGCCCCGGUCGCCCCGUAACGCGAUAGUGGCUGUCUGCCUCGAUCUGUGUGCGUUCCGGGGGGAUUCUGGGGUGUUUGCAGCUUCCCUGAGGAGGUCGGGGCUGAACCGGUCACUUUACUGCUGUUCGCCGCCCUCCCCCGCAACUGCACGCCCUCUCCGUUUAGCUUGUAUCAAGUACCUGAUUUCCGCUUGGGGAGGCAAAUGGCUUGGAUCUGGACGGACAGUAAGAACACUACUCCCUAGCUUUUAUCGGAACUAUUUCUUAAGGCGAUGCCUUAUUGGAAGGCGCUAUCCAACCAAGCUACUUAGAUGUGUCCCUUUUACCCUGUGGUAUUUUUUAAUUAUUUUUUUUUUUUGCUGUUGUUCACCCUUCCUGUUUAAAAUAGCUACAAAGUACAAAGAUAUUGUCACGGAGUGGCUGACUCUGAUUGUUUGUUGCUUAUAGCAACAUUCAUGAGUGCACUACUGAGUGCAGAUUGUGUGCGAUAUGUUGCGCGAGAGGUAGGAUGUGUGUGUGACAACGAUCACCCUAUUUGAAGGCCUAGUGUUAGGUGUCUUACAAGGUCGGCGAGUAGAACCUCUGGGCGUCUGGGUAUGGGUGCGUAAACUUCUUCUUGUAACUACUAUACGAUAUUCUUAAAGAUUGAUAUGGGAAGUUUGUGAAUGGAUAGAUACUGAGCCCCACAAAUCUUUCAAGUUUACACUUGAUUUCAAAAAGCACACCGUCAAUUUUCUAGGGAAUAGUUUGCUCCGACUAUGUUUCUUACGAGUGGUUUCCCGUACGCGCCCUAACUGAACCUGACUGGCGGCCUAAGGGGCAGUAGGCAACCCUUCGUGCAAGUCGCGCGAAUGAGGUGCGAGCUUCAGUGAACUAUUCUAGUCAAAAAGUCUUAAAGUCUGCUCACUGGACAAGUGUGUGGCAGAGUGCUCUCAAAACUCAACAGUAGGACUACGGCUCCACCGUUGUCUCAAAUUGCUCUACUGAUGCCUCUGUAGGGACACGGAGACGCUCUGUUGCAAACGUAGGGCAACGCUUGUCCUCCACUAGGACAGUUUGCCCGACGCGUACUUCAGGAGGGACGUGAUUGAAGAGAGUAGCAUUAAGAAGAGUCAAUCGUAUCGACCCGGCGCUUGUCGGCCUCAUUUUGUGAAAGUGUAGCAGGCAAACGGAAAGAAAGGGGACAUUCCCGGGGCCGCUGUCACCCCAUGCCAACAAAAGCGGAAAUUCUCUCAAUUUUGUUAAGCCUUGCUGGCUGACCGUAAAAAAUAACAGUAUUAUCUGGAUCAAGUUUAAAAGAAAAUAAAAAAAAUAGUCGACUGCAUGUGUAUCAUGGAAAAAUUUGAGUACGAACCAAUCACGUAACGCCCUCGACUCAGCUUUUAGAAUUUACUAAUUCAGACGUUUGAAAUAAUUUCCGAGUCGACACCUGGCUAUGUUCUGUGCUUUAACCUGCAUAUUUUUGUUCAUGUAACUUAUUUAUUUUAGUUGUAAUAUUAUAAUAAAUAUUGUACUUAUAUUUUACAAGUGAUUUUGAUCUCUUACAGCCAUGUAUUGGAUGAAAAAUAUGCCUAGUCAUAGUAGCCCCGAAUAAGUGAAAAGCUAUUUUAACUGAAAACAUUAGCAAAAUAAUGCUUGUCUCAAUUCCACCUUAAUAAGGUGUUUUAAGAUUAUUUCUCUUCACCUAUCCUUUGUGUAAGCUUUUGCAUGGCCCUAAUACUGAUAAGUUCAAGUACUAACUAAACGAGGUUACUUCCGGGUCACAUCUGCAGGUGAAAAUUUCAGAAAGGUUGAAGGAAGGUGUGCCAAAAAUAAGUUGUUUGUGGUCAUGGAUUUCAUUGCCUUAAUUGUAAUCGUAUUGUGAACCGGAGCGAGUCGCCCGACAUGUAAAUCGUGUAGUUCAAAGUUUCUUUCUACGGAUUAGACAGUCUUCUAGAAUUCUUCUAAGAACAUUUCUUACAACACAAUUUACCCCUGGGUUAUUUGUGUUUGGGAAGACCUACCUAGUUCCCUCCGCUGAGUACAACACGGGGUCGGGCAGUUGGCGAUUCUCAACAGAAAAUAGACGUAGAAAGAACCGCGUGGAACAGAGUUUCUUUACGACUAUUGACUGAGCAUCACACUCGUGAUGGUAGGUAAACUGCCUGUAUAGUUAAACUACUGUCUCUACAUGAAAUUUACAUGCUUUUUGCUGUGCAUACAUUGCCAACAUAUCUCUGACUUAAUUUUAGCAGUUCCUAGAUAAAAUUCCACUACUACUGUGGGCUGUAAACCAAAUUAAUUUGCUCCUUUGUAUUAAAAUCACAUUGAGCGGGUGUUUGUUCGAGGUGGAAACAAAAAUGAUUUACCAGAGGGGGUGAUCUUCUGAUAAUAACAUCUAGAAGAUGAAAGACUUUUGCUCCUGGAGGUAUACGAUAGGCUGUGGAGCUAAAUCUUAUGUGCAUAAGAAACAAAAUUAUUUUAACACAGAUUAUUCUAUAAAAAUGAUAAAAUAAGAAAUAUAUUUGUAUAGUUUGCAAUAUGACAUACCGUGUAAUGUAGAGUCUGCUCUACAACGUUUUAAAAAAAUGCGCUGUACACUAUCAUUAUGUUAUGUCCCAUUAAACAGUUCACGAAUACAA